AUGGCAUACAACCACAUUUCUAUGGAUGAUGACGGUGUGGCGUCAUUUACUGGUGGGCCUUGGCACCAAAACGGAGCGGAUACUGAAAUGGCACCAGAGAGCGGCAUGGCGACUGCUUCUAUUGCCGGUGUUCCUGUUAUUGAUCCGACGAUGACUCCUGGAGAGUUUAUUCGCCGCUGUCAGCAACAGUAUUACUUUGAGUUCUCGUGGGAGGUGCCGUUUCCGCGGGUGCCUGCAGCGCCGUUGUUGUACCUUCCGGAUGCCUUCAAGGAGUUGCUUAGCGACCCGUCACCUUUGGGCGUUAUGCAGGCGGAGCUGGACGCCAUGUCUGAGGGUGUGCUAGAACGUAUUCCACUUGCCUACUACUUGCUCCGUCCAGAGGUAGUGGAGGAAGCACGCAACAUUGCAAUGGAAUGUGAACAGCGUGUGGAAGAAUUGCAGCGCCAGGCAGCCGUGGAUGGUUUGCCGGAGAGACUGACAUGGCGGCCAGAGGAGGUGAACCCGUAUCUGGAGCGGGCCGACGCGGAGCUGCUGGAUACGGACAUUGACCUGAAUUUGGUCCUGGAGCGAGACAAGCCUUCACUGACGCUCCUUCAACGUCCAUUGUAUACGGACAUGGGAUUGGUGCCGCAGGAACAACGACACC